GAGAUGCUGAAGGACGAUGUGCAGUUCUUCUUCUUCAGAAAGACACUGUUCAACAGCAGCUCCAUCGACCUGAAAGUCUUGUCCAACAGCUGUCCCGACUCUGUCCUGCUGAACAUCUCCUGGUACCUGAGGAGCUCUCACUGCUACAACGAGAUCUUCAGCCUGAAGCAGGAAAAUGCUGAAAACUACUUUGGUUCCAAAUUUGUGAUGGAAAAAGGAGGAAGUGGAUUCUACGUUCAGCACCAGUAUCCCAUUGUCACCUGCCAGAACAAGAACCCCAUCUAUUUUGAUUUGGAUCCGUCUGAAGUGAGGAAGACUCUGAUGAAGCUGCAGCAGCCUCAGGUGACACAGAACUCUACAGGAAGGAGGAGGAGAGAUGUUUCUGUUUCACACCCAAAGUCAUCUCCUCAGUCUUCCUUCAACCUGGUGGCCAAGACCUGGGAGGACGGACCCUACAUCUUCAUCCUCAGGGUCCAGGACGUCAGUGUGAACCCGCCCAAACAGGACUGGACUCUGCAGCUUGAGGUCAGCAUGGAGGGCCCUCAUGGUUACAUCUCUGCUACUGAAUGGCCCCUGAUGGUGUUCUACAUGGUGAUGUGCAUCAUCUACGUCUUCAUGGCCCUGCUGUGGUUGGUUCUGUCCGCCUGCUACUGGAGGGACCUGCUCAGGAUCCAGUUCUGGAUCGGAGGGGUCAUCUUCCUGGGGAUGCUGGAGAAAGCCGUUUACUACGCAGAGUUCCAGAGCAUCAGAUACGACGGGGUGUCAGUCCACGGGGCCGUGGUGUUUGCUGAGCUGCUCUCAUCUUUGAAGAGGACUCUGGCCCGGGUUCUGAUCAUCAUCGCCAGUCUGGGAUAUGGAAUCAUCAAAGGGGAUGAAGAUGAGGGGCACGAAGAACGAGACCAACGGUGCGGCCAAGGCCAACAAAGUGGACGAGGACCUGAAGUGGGUGGAGGAGAACAUCCCUUCGUCGAUGGCAGAUGUCGCCCUGCCUCCUCUGCUGGACUCUGAUGAGUGCCUGUACAGACACUGGGAGUGGGAUCUUUUUUUUUCCUGUUUUAUUUCCUGGUUGUAUUUAUAUAAAGAUAAAGCGUCUGCUCCAUGAGGACUUUAUUUUAUUUGUUUGAUGUGGUCUGGUUCAGAGGCUCCGCCCCCCAGGAGGCCGUCGGUUGAGGGUCUGCCUGAUUGUUUUUGUGUUAACGGGUACGGCGUGUGCGUUUGUGUUCUGUGUCAGGACGAAACAGAAACACGAACGGAUGUUUGUCUUUUUUUUCUGCUUUGAACCAUUAAAGAUUUUUCACUUUCA